AUGAUGUUUUCUGUUGAAGAUCCAGAAUAUAGCUCCAAGUUCUGGAUGUACGCGAACAUUCAAGGACAUAAAAAUAACCAGAAAACAUAUGGGAUACAAAAAGAAAUGCGACAACGGCGACCAGUUUACCGAGAGCCGUGUCAGGAAGGACGUUCUUUAUUUCAAUUUAGGGAUCGAGAAAACGAGAUGGGUCUUCUUCGGCCGGUCGGCAAAACCAGUUUAGAGAACUCGCAUGUUCCUUUAAUGAGUCCUUUGGCGCAAGGGUCAAUAUACAAUGGUGGUACAGUCACCCCGAGGAAAGGUCUCGUGGUCAGUGACCAUGUCUCAGAAUAG